GGAAGAAGUUCGGCAUGGAUAAAUGUAUGCAGGUCGCUUGGUUCGCCGGCACGGACGUGAUCGCCAGGCGGUCCAAUUUCAUCUUCUCGCCCCUUUCCGUACGCACCGGGCUCGCACUGCUCGCCACCGGCACCAACGGCGAGACGCUGAGCCAACUGCUGGCCUUCCUGGGCUCCCAGGAGCUCCACCUCCUCAACGCGGCCAGCGCCAGCCUCGUCGCCGAGAUGCGCGCGUGGCCGCAGCUCACCUUCGCCGCCGGCAUCUUCGCGGACAAAUCGUUCUCGCUGAGGCCGGAGUUCGUGUCCGCCGCCAGCUCCGCCCACCGGGCCUCCGUGAGAUCCGUGGACUUUCAGAAGCAGGUAGUUCCAUAGUGGCAUUUGCAGCACUAACGAUAACGAUAAGUACAAGUAAAUUUGACUGAAAAUCAAUCUGCAAGUAAACAUGAACGAAAAAACUAACGAUAAGUACGGCAUGAUUAAGAAACGCGAGCACGUGACUAAGAAACUGAUUUUGCAUUGCAUGGAUCAGCCGGCGGCAGCGGCGGCUGAGGUGAACGCCCUCAUCGCAGAGACCACGCGGGGCCGCAUCAGCGACCUCGUCUCCCCGGACUCGUUUCAAGGCGACCCCAAGAUCGUCCUCGCCAACGCCAUGCACUUCAAGGCCACCUGGGCACGGAGGUUCGACCCGUCAGACACCGUCCGCCGCGACUUCCGCCGCUUCGACGGCACGUCCGUGCUGGUGCCGUUCCUCUCCGACCCCGGGAUGCAGUACGCCACCAGCUUCGACGACCUCGGCUUCAAGGUCCUCCAGUGCUUCUACAAGAUGGCGGGGCGCGACGGCAAGCUCGACCCAAAGGCGCCGCUCUUCUCCAUGCUCGUAUUCCUCCCGCACCGGCGCGACGGGCUCCGCGACCUCCUGCGGCUGGCGGUCACCGAGCCGGACUUCGUCAUGCGCUGCGCUCCCCGGCGCGAGCAGGUGGUCAGCCCCUGCCUCCUCCCCAAGUUCAAGUUCUCCUUCCGGUUCGACGCCACGGACGCGCUGCGCGGCCUCGGGCUCGCCGCGCCGUUCGACCCGCUGGCCGCCGACCUGUCGGGGGCGGUGUCGAACAUGCCCCCGGAAGGGCUCUACGUGUCGGCCAUCGAGCAGAUGUGCGCCGUCGAGGUGGACGAGGAAGGCACGACGGCGGUAGCAGCGUUCUACACGCAUACGAGCCCGACCUAUAGCCUGUGUGGGCGGCCGCCGCCGCCGCCAAUGAGCUUCGUGGCGGACCACCCAUUCCUGUUCGCCAUCGUCGAGUAUGGCAAGGGCGAGGUGUUGUUCCUCGGCCACGUCGUGGACCCUUCCAGUUGAAUAGUAGUGUUGA